ACAGUGAAUGCUGCCUUUGUGAUAGGCUCUCACGUGAUUUCAACAACUAGUCAGGGAACUCGGUGGGACCGGCUAUCAGGGACAAACAGAAGCUGAUGUGGUUUAGAUAGUGAUCCGUGGCCUCCUCAACUCAGGGGGGCCCCUGGCUGGUUGAGGGUCUGAAGGAACAGGCAGGUCAGAGUCAAAAGUCAGAUGGAAGCAACACGCUAUAGUUUAUUCAAAUCAAACGGCACGGCAGGGUUUUUAGCACUUUUCUGUCGUUGUUAAUGAAAAACUGCAAACAGAGCUCAGAUUUUGAGGGGGAAUCUGAUGUUUGAUCAGGCUGCAGGAAACGUUCCUGUAUUUAAGUGGCACGCCCUUCAGGAACGCACAUGCCCUGUCACCUCCUCAGGCCAGGUGCAGGGGUGGUGAUGGGAGGAGGAGGAAGAGGAGGGGAGCAGUAUUAUCCCUGGGAGGGUGGAGCAAACGGGGAGGUKAAUAAAGCAGAUGAAGCAUUUGAAGCUGGUAUUGACAUGCAGCUCUGAAGGCUGUGAGCACAGCCAUGGAUGGUGUGUUGGAAGGCGCUGUGGUGUUGUGUUUGUGUAAACUGGCCUGCAGCCUUCCCUUCCUGCCAUCGCUGGCUGCUUCCUGCAGUCCUGUCGGCUUCUGCUGCUGCUGCCUCCUGAUCUUCACCGACUUCCUGUUUACAGGUUUUCUGGGUCUCCUUUGCAUCUUUGAGUCCUGGCUGACUGAUCUGAGUCAAUCGGGUGAUGUCAUCGCCCUGCGCUUCCUGCUCUUCCUCAGCCACACCUACGGCACCGUGCUGCUCCUGGUCACCUUUUUGAUUGCUCUGGAGAGCCUGAUCAGACUGCUGUGGCCCCACCUCGCUGCCGAUCACGGCAGGCACAGACGGACGGCGGGCUCCGAUGGACAGGGUGGGUGCGCCAAAGAGGUGGAGGAGACGGACAGGAGCGUGCCUCAGAUUGUCGGCUUCCUCUGCUGCCUGUCCGUGUGGUUCGCUGCCGCCUUCAGUGUCAGGGGGCACUGGAAGCUGGAGGAAGCAUGGGCCGCUCUUUGUUUGCACACAACCGACUCCCUUGUCAGAUGUCUGCCCAGCGCUUUCAGCUCUUUGCCAAUGAGUCUCUGCUUGAGUGUCCUUUUCCUCCUUGUCCUCCUCCUGACCAUCAACACAUGCCUGCUAAGACGAUGCCAAGUCCCUGCACGGACGCAGAAAACAAAUGUCGAGAAGCCGUGUAGCUGCUGCAGGACAAGCUACCGUCCAGUGUUGCCUGCACCACUCAGGCCUACGCAUCUUGGGACACCAGUCUCAGAGCCAGAGGAAACGGAGAACAGCGGCAUGGGCAACUCUACCUAUUCCUGCAACGGCAUGCAGAUGUUGGUACGGCACCAUGGAGACAUUGUCCUCUUAAAUUGUUUGUCUGAUAAUAGGAGCGAACAGGAGCACAGGAGGACAAAGACGGGUGUUUCUCGGACAUUUGUCAGAGAGGAGCCCGAGGCCUCGCAUCAGCGGUGUGGRUGGCGACUGUGGGGUUUUCCAAGCCCAGAGGAGAAUGUAAUAAUGGGGUUAGUCAGUGUGCUUUUCAUUUACACACUGCCCUUCAACCUCAGCGUGAAUAUUCUUCUGAUCAGGACGAUCGAUUCCCUGCUGGACUGGAGUGUCAGAUCUUUACUCCCAUCUGCAGCAAAUAUCAGAGACACGUUAACUUCUCACAGUGUGACCCAAGUUUAAAAAAAUGAUGAUUGUGUGGUAAAAGUGGAGUGGAAACUUACCUGAAUGCUGACAGCAGGUAUGCCUGUUAAYGCUGCUUUGAAAGGAGAAUAAACACUGUUUAGCAGCCAUUCAGAUGCUUGGAAUAAUAACUGGAAACUGCAGAGAGGAGGCAGGUUGAGGCGUGCACGGACUCCAAACCUGAGUGGAGCAGAUGGCUGGAAGGCAUCUUCGGGCUGUUCGGAGCAUCAGUUUCCUCAGAUGUUUGUCUUCAUACAACAGGUUACAAAACAGACCUCAGUGGUUCAGUGAGACGGUUUGCUAUUUUGAAAUUUAUAAAUACCGGGUGGAAUAAAUACCUUCAGAAAUUCAAAGCAGCACACGGUUUUUUUUCUACUCCCAAAGAUUCAAACUAUUCAAGUACAAACUCUUGUCUGUUUGACCAAAACAGGUAUUUAAAACUGUUAAGGCACCAUUUUUUCAUUAUUAUUGUUAUUAUUAUUAUUUUUUUUUUCUUUUCUACAGUUGAUGAACUUGAAUCAGAAAACUUAAAUGUGACCGAAGCCAAAACGUUCCAGUUUUGUUGCAUCAGUCUCAGAAACUUUGGGACUCGUCCUGCAUUUUGGCAAAUGAUUUACCUCAACUCUAAAAGUCAACUUGAAUGGAUUUAAAAAAAAAAAUUAUACUCUUCAUUUGCAUUUCCUUUUGCAUGUUGGCUACAGUCCCAUGAACCUUUAAAAUUUGGAAUAAUCUUGGCAACUGUGGUCAGAAGAACAUGAAGCUGAUGCAGAAGUUUUACUCUGAUCGCCUCAAAAAUACAAAUUAAUCAAAUGUAUAAAAAAUGGCUUGUUUGGAUAUUUAUCAUUAACAUUAUAUUAACAUUGUUUGGCAAAAGGUUUCUGCAAAAACUUAUUAAAUAGUGCUUUCAAAAACCUCAACAGGUUCUUUACAACUGGAUUUAAGGUGUUGGGGGAUUUUAUUGCCUUCAUCAUAAGAAAUUAAAUGUUGAAUUUACUUAACCRAGUUAUGUCAACAACUCAACUGAGCAGAGUCAAUUCAAAGCAACUUGAAUGCUUUGAAUUUAGUCGAAACUUUCAGUGUUCAGACAUGGUCGUGUUUAGGUUCACAAUAUCCAACGUGUCUUAGUUUGAUGUUCUAUUUACAGGGAUUAUCCUGCUACAACCCUUGACCUAAUCUAAGAGGUUAUCCAAACACGGUCCAGUCUUUUAUUUGUGCACAGGAGGUCAGGGACAUUCUGCUCUGCUUCCAACCUUUUUAAACUUAAAGAAAUUCUGAUCCAGUUUAUUAUGUUGAAGUUCACGUUUCAGGGAGCUCUGUCUUGUUUUGCACUCUCAGACCAACAUUGUAAAUAAGAAACUUCUUAAUGUUUUGCCUGUUGAAAUAAAGGUUAAAUAAAAAAAAAAUUAAAUGUCUGUCCACUCCUGGUUCUGAAAACAUUAGACUGUAGAAAACACACAAAAACAUUCUAAAUAAGCUGUGUCRUUAUUUAUGUUUCAAUGUUUCUUAUUUGUUAUAAAUGUGAAAUCUUGAGGAGUAAAGAAUUGUGAAAACUCUUCUUCUGAUGAUGAACAGUGUUUUCUUUGUUUUUAAGAUUGAUUUCUAUUAWCAUUGAAGUGAGAUGCAUUUUUYCCCCAAGUUGAAACCUGUUUUAUGAACCACGUCAACAUAUUACUUUGUUUUUUUUCUUAAAUAACUGGAGGAAAUUUACCACCAAGUUCUUCACAAACAAAAGAGCUGCUUCCAGAACUUGCAGUAUUGAAACUUGAGCAUUUUUUUCUUCCCAUCAGAAAUCCCCUAUCUGUGCAGUUUGAACUUCUUGUAUUAAAUUUUACAGGAUGAUUGGAGGGAAAAAACAAAACAAAAACCCUCCACAAAACUCAUAGGAAAACUAAUUUGGAAAGAAAUUGCAAACGCUGUUAGCACCAAAUAAAUUUUUUAUUAUCUGCAAA